AGUAAUGAACUCUUUGCUCUAUUCUUGGAUGAGACAAUGACAUACUCUUCUGCUGUAUUCAAGGCAGAAGAUGAGGACUUGAAGGUUGCCCAAAUGAGAAAAAUCUCUCUUCUGAUUGACAAAGCCAGAGUUGAAAAGAAUCAUGAAGUUCUUGAGAUUGGAUGUGGUUGGGGAAGCUUAGCCAUCGAACUUGUCAAACGAACCGGAUGCAAGUACACCGGCAUCACUCUUUCAGAGGAGCAACUGAAAUUAGCACAAAAGAGAGUGAAAGAUGCUGGUCUUCAGGACAAUAUCAGAUUUCUUCUCUGUGACUAUCGCCAAUUGCCUGCUGGAUAUAAAUGUGACAGAAUCAUAUCUUG